AUCUUUACAGUUGUCAUUAUGUGUGCUGAUCCUCAGUCGAUACGGCAAAUAAUGUUGACAGCCGAGGAAUUGAAUAUGAUUGACAGUGGCGAAUAUGUUUUCAUUAAUAUCGAAUUAUUUUCAAGAGUUCCCCAUUUAACAUCUCAACCCUGGUAUGAUAAAAACGAUACCAAAGAGAACAAUUUAAGGGCACGUAAAGCCUACACAGCUAUGUUGACAGUAACCCCUAAACAGCCAAAUGAUGAUGAAUAUACCAGAGUAUCUAAUGAGAUUAAAGCCAUUGCUGCCGCCAAAUAUAAUUAUACCUUUCAAGAUGAUGAACCGAUAUCGGCAUUUGUCACCUCAUUCUUCGAUGGUGUUCUUCUGUAUGCGAAUGCUUUAAACGACAGCAUAAGAGAAGAUCCCACGGUAUUGACACGACCCAUUAAUGGCACCGAUAUGGUAAGACGCAUGUGGAAUCGUAGUUUUAUGGGUAUUACCGGCAAUGUAACCAUAGAUGCUAAUGGUGAUAGAAUAUCAGCAUAUUCUUUGUUGGAUAUGAAUCCGACGACGGGCAGAUUUGAGAUAGUGGCCCAUUUUCAACAUAAUAAAUUGGAAUAUGUACCGGGGAAGGUAAUACAUUGGGCUGGUAAUAGACUUGACCCACCGUUGGACAGGCCGGAGUGUGGUUACGAUGGCUCAUUGUGUCCGGAUAAUUCACUUCCCGGCUAUGCCAUACUCUCCAUAGUCCUCGGCGCUGUGGUCGUCAUUAUGAGCGUUUGUUUCUUUUUCGGCUAUCGUCAUUAUAAAUCCGAAGCCGAAAUCAAUUCUAUGGCUUGGCGUGUUUCCAUUGAUGAUGUUAUUUUUCACAAUUCGGCUGGCCGAUGUUUUCGUGGUUCUUUACAUUCCCUGGUCAAACACAGCUCACAAAUGACCCUAAUGUCCGAUGACAUGGGUUCGCUAAGUGGUGAUCGACAAAUUUUUAUACCCGUCGGACUAUUUCGUGGCUGCAAAGCAGCUGUUAAAAUAAUCGAUGAACGUAAUAUAAAUCUAACACGUUCCCUUAUGUUGGAACUGAAACGUAUGAAAGACUUACAGCACGAACAUUUGGUGAAAUUUUAUGGUGCCUGCUUGGAUCCGGCAAAAAGUUUUAUACUAACCGAAUAUUGUCCGAAAGGUUCGCUGCAGGAUAUUUUAGAGAAUGAUCAAUUCCAGCUGGACUGGAUGUUUAAGUUAUCGUUAAUGCAUGAUAUUGUUAGGGGAAUGCAUUUUUUACAUAAUUCCGAUAUUAAAUCGCAUGGCAAUUUGAAAUCAUCGAAUUGUGUGGUGGACUCGAGAUUUGUUUUGAAAAUCUGUGAUUUUGGUUUGCAUACGUUGCGGAAGACGAACGAGGAUAUGGGCAGUGAUAUCGAGAAUUGUAAUAGUUAUGCAUAUUGGAGUAAACUAUUAUGGACAGCCCCUGAACUCCUAAGAAUGGAAGGUAAUCGUCCACCCGAAGGUACACAAAAAGGUGAUGUCUAUUCAUUUGGAAUAAUUGUACAUGAAAUAACAACGAGACAAGGACCUUUUUACUUGGGUAAAUUAGAGGAGGAGAAACCGCCUCAAGAAAUAAUUUAUUUGGUCAAAGGUUACCCACAUACAGUACAAUAUCCUUUCAGACCACAACUUGUUGAUAUACCAAAUAAUUAUAAGGAAAUAAAUACAGUUAUGCAGAAAUGCUGGUCAGAGGAUCCAGCAGAAAGGCCAGAUUUUAAUGCUUUAAAAACAAUUAUAAGAAAUAUAAAUAAGGACAACGAAACUGGCAAUAUAGUUGACAAUCUACUCAAACGUAUGGAACAGUAUGCCAAUAAUCUAGAAGAAUUGGUGGAGGAGCGUACCCAAGAUUAUAUAGAAGAAAAGAAGAAAUGUGAGAAGUUACUUUACCAAUUGCUGCCACAAAGUGUGGCUGCCCAGCUGAUUAGUGGUCAACCGGUGGUGGCUGAGACUUUCGAUCAAGUCACUAUAUAUUUUUCAGAUAUAGUCGGUUUUACGGCUAUUUCCGCCGAAAGUACACCCAUGCAAGUGGUGCAAUUCCUUAAUGAUCUCUAUACCUGUUUCGAUUCCAUUGUAGAGAAUUUCGAUGUCUACAAAGUGGAGACAAUAGGUGAUGCCUAUAUGGUGGUAUCGGGCUUACCCAUACGUAAUGGCAAUCAGCAUGCUAGAGAAAUAGCACGUCUAGCUUUGGCUUUGCUGGAGGCUGUACAUAAUUUUAAGAUUCAUCACAGACCCAAUGAUCGUUUGAAAUUGCGCAUUGGUCUGCAUACGGGAGCCUGUGUGGCGGGAGUUGUGGGUUUGAAAAUGCCUAGAUAUUGUUUAUUUGGUGAUACGGUUAAUACCGCCUCGAGAAUGGAAUCGAAUGGUGAAGCUUUAAAGAUACACAUAAGUGAGAAAACGAAAUUAGCUUUGGAUGAUUUUGGCACUUUCAUAACCACCAAACGCGGUUAUGUGCCCAUGAAGGGUAAAGGUGAAAUGUUGACCUAUUGGCUGGAGGGAGAAGUGCAAAAAGUAGAAUCCCCUAUUUCACCCCAAAAGUUGAUGCUAUCGCGCAGAUCUUCUUUAAAACAGGUACCACGCUGUGGCUUGCUGCACAAACAAAAUUCCGAUGCAGCACAAUUUCUGCCGCCCUAUCAGCUGCAGGCGCCACAACAAAACCCGGAUAGUAGACAGAACUCACCAAAUUUAAGAGUAAAACGUAAGAUUUCCUCUUCCUCACCCAAACUGAAUGGCAGUGAUUACAAGACUGAUGAUCUAUACAAUUAUCUGGAAGCUAGUGCUAAAGGAAUUGCCAUGAAUUCAAUCAAAUUACCCGCAAAUGAUAUUUACAGCAGCCGUUCUCUACGCGACGAACCCAAAGAAGGUUGUUGGGAAAUGGCCAAUUUUAGAUUGCCCCUAUCGGGCACUUUAAAGUCCCACAAUAGUAACAAGCAUAGCUAUACGCAAUUGUCCUCUACGCUAUCAAAUUCAAAUUUAACGGGACUCUUGCAACCGGCAGCCUCAAGAUUGAGAUUAAAGAAUUCACCCACCAUAACCAGCUUAAUGAAUACUAGCGAAACGGCCAGUUUAAAUAGUGCAAAUCGUAUUAAAUUUAAUCUAAGUGAAAAUCCCGAAGAAACUCAAACUCUAGUAUCUAGACAUGUCUACGAAGACGAAGAGGGUGAGGCGGAGGCUGAAGAAGAAUUAGAUAGUACGAUUAUAGCAACAAAUAAAGUUUUAAAUGGCGAUAAUUAUUUAGUUAAUCAUAACAAUCAUCAUACACAACAGCCGCAGCAGCAUUAUGCCUUGACGGCUUCUCCACAAUUAAACAAUUGUCAUAGCUCCUCUAGUCAAUAUCAAAAUUUAGUUAAAGCCAAUAAUUGUAGAAAUUUUCAAUUGUUACAAAAUCCCGCAAAUGGUUUAGAGGACGAUGACAAUUUGUCCACAACUACAAAUCCCAAAACUGUAUUGGAGGAGUCUACCAACGAAAGGGUAGUAGCAACAGGAAAGAAUCAUCAGCAUCAUAAUCAUCAUCAUCCGGCAACAGUUAAUGCUGUUACCCAACCUUUACUGACUAAAAUUAAUUCAUAGUAAUAGUUAUGUGUAAACUAUAAAACUACUAGCGAUUUUUUGAAAAAAAUCUGAAAGUUUGAUUACGAGAGGCGAUGAAAAACGAAAAAGGCUUGAAGCUUUAUAAACAAAAUAUUAGAUCGUCUAAGAGAGAGCAAAAAUUUUGAAGAAAAUCUUUUUUAAAAGGCAAACGUUUUCUAGUUUUUCAUGCUAAAUGUUUGAGAUAGUUCUGUGCCGCUUGUGGCUGUGGUCUCAAUUGUAAUCAAACUGUAGUUGAAAAUACAACUCUGUAGGCUUAAUGGCAAUACAGAGAAGCUUAUUAACUUGAUUUCUCUUAGAGUUGUACUUCUUUAACUUAGUGAUACUUUUAAGAUUAAUCUAAUUAAAUUAGUUAUUUUAUAUUACUUAAAAAACUCUAUUUAAAAAUAAUGUAGAACAAAAUAAUGUUAUUUUUUAAAACUGCUAAAUAAAAUUAAUAAAUU